UUAUGAAAUAUUGCAUUGAAUCUGCAGCAACUCGGGAGCUUCAGUCAGUGAAGUAUAAUCCGUUGACCAAGUAGUGUCUGCCGGUGCAAAUUUCCACAGUUCCUUACCCAUAAAAAAGUGAGCUAAUUGCAUAAUGUCAUCGCUGAAACGUCUCAUCCAACUAAGCUUUGGCUAUUUCUGUGCCCUGAAUGGUAUCGCUGCAUUCUAUUUUGGAUUUAGUUCGGGAAAAUUACAUUGGAGCCGCAUCCUGGGCUACUAUCGCAUUGUUCACAACUUCAUUGUCAUCAGUCUAACAUUUAAGUUUAUGGCGGACUUUUGGCAGUUCCACACCCACGUGAAGAACUCAAGAUCUCAGCUAAUGGAGCUGAACUGCCUUGCCCACUUUGCCAUGGUUGUGCUGUCGUUGCUCAGCUGCAUGGAGUGUACCCAUCGGCAGCAGAAUCGGAUCUACGCGAUGUUAAGUAAGCUCUUGGACCUCAAUCGACUCAGCAACGAGUUGGGAUACAUUGCGCCAAAGUCCCACCAACGAUAUAUCGGCUUGCUGGUGUUGUCUAUAACCCCACUGCUGGCACUUCGCCUCUUCAUUCAUGUGGGCCUGAAUGCGAUUCGCGCAAAGUUGGGCUUCGAUUUUCGCUGCAAUUGCUUUCUGUCUGAGUGCAUGCUCCUGGGGAUACAUUCGGUGGGAUUUGGCAUCAUGGCUGAGAUCUGUCAAUGCUGGUGGAGGCUGCAGACGGGACUGAAGACAAUUCUUCUGGAGGAACCAAUGCCAGACCAGCUGAAUCAGCUGUUGCAGCUGCAGGCCAUGUACCAGUGCCUGAUCGACAUAACUGCGGAGUUCUGCAGUGUCUUCAAGUUCGUGUUGAUGUGCUUUCUGGUGCGGAAUGUCUGGUGUGGCAUUGUGAUUGGAUAUCUGAUUAUUCGCAUAUUCUGCGGCCAUGGUGUUAGUGAGUUGCAUCUCUAUCAGCUCUAUCUGGCGUUUGUUAUAUGCAUCCAGCCCCUGCUUUAUUCACUUCUGCUCAACUGCCUGACGGACACAACGGAUUCGUUGAUGGAGACAACCAAAGUGAUUGUGAGGGAAUCGCAGGGACAGCAAUAUCUGGUGGAGCGAAGUCUCCAGUGGUUCUCCUUACAACUGGCCUGGCAGCACACCAACAUCCAAGUGUAUGGCACUUAUCGCAUCAAUCGGCGUUUGGUUUUUCAGAGCGCUUCGGUUAUAUUUCUGCACUCACUUUAUAUGGUUCAAAGCGAUUAUAGAUCUAUGUGA